UCGAAUUCUGACAACACACUUUAUUGGGGGAUCACUCAUUUGCCUCCUAGGUGACCGACCGUUAACUACUCAAGCUUGAUCAUACGGACUACGGGUCUCCCCCACUUAAAACGGCCCGUUCUAGAGCAAUUGGGCUACGAUGCGUUACGGGAAGACCUUGCGAAACUCGAUAUAUCCACCAUGGAGUAAGAGCUACAUCGACUACAACAAGUUGAAGAGGCUGCUCCGGGAACGUGAUGUCAUCGGCGACGACAGUGAUACCGACGCCACAUGGACUGAGCAGGAUGAAGAAGCAUUUGUCCAGGAACUUCUGAAUGUGCAACUAGAUAAGGUCAAUGCCUUCCAGGUGCAGACCUCUCAACAACUGAGGGAACGCACCUCUGCGUGCGAGGACAAGCUCCGACCUUUGGCUCAAACCGAAGGAGAUACUCCGGCUGUUGCAGAAGAAGAUAGGAUCAGGAUCGCCUCUGAGGUGCUUGCAGAAUUGGACAGCAUCACCAAGGAGGUCAGUGAGCUGGAGAAAUAUAGCCGUAUCAACUUCACGGGCUUCCUCAAAGCCGCCAAAAAACAUGACCGGAAACGGGGUGCUCGGUAUCGUGUGAAGCCUUUACUACAAGUCCGCUUGUCGCAACUACCCUUCAAUUCGGAAGACUAUUCACCCCUCGUUCGCAGGCUCUCGGUGGUCUAUUCUUUCGUUCGAGAGAUCCUGAGCACGAAAUCUCCGGAGCCAGAGCCUGGAUUUGGCCAGGAUAAUUACUCCUCUUACAAGUUCUGGGUUCACCCAGACAACAUGUUGGAAGUGAAAACCCUGAUUCUACGCAAGCUGCCGGUUCUUAUCUACAACCCCAAGUCUUCAAAGGAGCUCGAGACUCACGCCAACGACCCUACCAUUACGUCGUUAUAUUUUGACAACCCUCAAUUCGAUCUCUACACGCAAAAAGUUGCCCGCAGCCCUGAAGCUGGUUCGCUACGACUACGAUGGACCGGAAACCUCAUCGAGAAGCCGCCGAUUUACUUGGAGAAGAAGAUUGUGACGAGUGACAACUUCAGCAACGAGGUGAAGGUUCAGUUGAAGCAGAAGCAUGUCAAGGAGUUUCUUGAUGGUGAAUAUCAUUUAGAAAAGCAGGUUCAUCGGAUGGAAGAUAUGGGAAAUGGAGAGAUGGAACAUGCAGAAUCUCUAAAACGGGAUGUGGAAGCAUUGCAAUCCUUCAUCAAGGAAAACAACCUCCAGCCUAUGCUUCGCGCCAACUACACCCGAACAGCUUUCCAAAUCCCGGGCGACGAUAGGAUUCGUAUCUCACUUGACACGAAUUUGGCUCUCAUUAGAGAAGACUCUCUCGACAAGGAGCGCCCCUGCCGUGAUGAGAAUGAAUGGCACCGUACCGACAUAGAUAAUGCUGCCAUGGAAUAUCCCUUUCCCGCCAUUAGGAAUGGUGAGAUAGUGCGAUUUCCUUACGGCCUGUUGGAGAUAAAGCUGCGUGGAAGUGCCGCGCAUAAUUCGGAAUGGGUGAAGGACUUGAUGGUGUCACAUCUUGUCAAGGAAGCCCCGCGGUUCUCGAAAUUUGUCCAUGGUGUCGCGCAGCUUUUCGAAGACCAUGUGAAUAGCUUCCCUUUCUGGCUCUCUGAACUUGACAAUGACAUUCGACGUGACCCUGAAACCGCAUUCCAUGAAGAGCAGGAACGCCAGGCAAAGAACGCCGAGGAAGACUUGGCGGUUGGAAGCUUCCUGGGAGCAAGAUCUCCUCCUACACGGCCGCUUGUAGGAUCGCCUAUUACCAGAUUUGCGGAUGCCGAGUCGCCAAGAGCCCAACGAACAUCACAGGCCACAUUGUCUCAACUUACACCCGCUGCAGCGCCAGACCGUCCGCGCGAUGGUGAAAGAGAGCAGCAGGGAGAGCCUGCACUGCUUCAACGGCAGGAAGAGCCGGUAACACAGUCUCGCUUAGCCGCUUUAUUCCCAUCAUUCACUGGGAGAAGACGCUCUGUUGUUCUUCCUCCGGGUGUCAAGGAGCCCGGAUGGUGGAUCAAAGACACAGGACCAGUCCGUGUUGAAACUAAGGUUUGGCUUGCAAAUCAACGAACUUUUAUCAAAUGGCUUCAUGUUAGCAUUUUACUUUCCUCUCUUUCUCUCGGUUUGUAUAAUGCCGCAGGCAAGCACAACGAUAUAGCGCGCGCACUGUCUAUUGUCUACACCGCAUUUGCCAUUUUUGCGGCAACCUGGGGAUGGUACAUGUACGAGAAGCGCGCAAGACUUAUUCGAGCACGAAGCGGGCGCGAUCUCGACAACACAUUUGGGCCUAUCAUCGUGUGUAUUGGAUUGGCAGUUGCAUUGAUCCUAAACUUCGCUUUCAAGUACGCCUCCACCGUUGAGAAGUUGCGCAGAACACGGCCAGUCGAUAUGACUACCGUUGAGGGUUCUUUUUCAAUGGCCGCGAACCCGGAAAUCUGGGAUCUUCCGGACCAACAGCCUUUAAAUUGACGCAACUCGUGGUCCUUGCGAUACCACACUCAUGAGAAUGCGUCUUUGAUUACAUCGUUUACGGCGUUGCAUCGAUUACGGCGCUGAUGAAUUCUCACGAAGCCGGCCAACAGCCCAUAUGUUCUCGGCGCGUUGUUGUUCUCAUAGGUAGAUAGUUCAAUUUCUGUCUU